UGCCGGAUAGGUGGAGGAAUGCCGGGGGUGGCUGUGGAGCAGUCUUGAGGAUUCUGGGGGUGUUCAUUGUGCAGAUCUGUUAGGUGUUACAUUAUGGAAAGAACCAAAGCCUUUCCAAGGCGAGGCAAGAGGCUCGAGUAGUUUCUGCGGAUAGAAGGGAGACGCGUUUGAAGCCAGAGGAGUGCUAAAUAUUAGAGAAGAUGCAGGGAAUGCAUAAUAGAAUAGACAGAUGUAGCGUAAUUAUCAAAUGCUGGCCCAAGGUCUAAAGAGUUAUUCCAGAUGGGCCAGAGUGGCCUAGUUCGGAACCUGUUUGGGCUCUUCAGUAGAUGACAUCCGACUAGAAGAGAAGAAUCAGUGACUUGGAAUUUCAGCCCAGUGACCUGGCGGGAUGGGCAUUGGCCUGACACGUUUUAUAGAGGAAUUGGAUGGCACAAGUGACUGAGAGGAGCUUGAGAGUUUCUGGAGCCUGUGAAAGGUAGAAACUCAACCAUGAUUUCUUUCUCAACUCAACAGCAUUCCCUUCCUUGAAGUCUUCGUUUUUAUUUCAGCCUCAGGCAGUUAUACUUAAGCAUGAACAUUGACGACAAACUGGAAGGAUUGUUUCUUAAAUGUGGCGGCAUAGACGAAAUGCAGUCUUCCAGGGCAAUGGUUGUGAUGGGUGGAGUGUCUGGCCAGUCCGGCGUGUCUGCAGAACUGCAGGAGUCAGUUCUUCAAGAUCGAAGUUUGCCUCACCAGGAGAUCCUUGCUGCAGAUGAAGUUUUACAAGAGAGUGAAAUGAGACCACAGGAUAUGAUAUCACAUGAUGAACUCAUGGUCCAUGAGGAGACAGUGAAAAAUGAUGAAGAGCAGAUGGAAACACACGAGCGGCUUCCUCAAGGACUGCAGUAUGCACUUAACGUCCCCAUAAGUGUAAAGCAGGAAAUUACUUUUACUGAUGUGUCUGAGCAACUGAUGAGAGACAAAAAGCAAGUCAGAGAGCCAGUAGACUUACAGAAAAAGAAGAAGCGGAAACAACGCUCUCCUGCAAAAGUAAGAGAACAUGUUAAGAUCCUUACAAUAAAUGAGGAUGGAUCACUUGGUUUGAAAACCCCUAAAUCUCACGUUUGUGAGCACUGCAAUGCUGCCUUUAGAACCAACUAUCACUUACAGAGACAUGUCUUCAUCCAUACAGGCGAAAAACCGUUUCAAUGUAGUCAAUGUGACAUGCGUUUCAUACAGAAGUACCUGCUUCAGAGACACGAGAAGAUCCAUACGGGUGAAAAACCAUUUCGCUGUGAUGAAUGUGGCAUGAGAUUCAUACAGAAAUACCACAUGGAAAGGCACAAGAGAACUCACAGUGGAGAGAAGCCGUACCAGUGUGAAUACUGCUUACAGUAUUUUUCCAGAACAGAUCGUGUAUUGAAACAUAAACGUAUGUGCCAUGAAAAUCAUGACAAAAAACUAAACAGAUGUGCUAUCAAAGGUGGCCUUCUGACAUCAGAGGAAGAUUCUGGCUUUUCCACAUCACCAAAAGAUAAUUCACUGCCAAAAAAGAAAAGGCAAAAAACUGAGAAGAAAUCAUCUGGAAUGGACAAAGAGAGUGCAUUGGACAAGUCUGAUAUGAAGAAAGACAAAAGCGACUACCUGCCUCUCUAUUCUUCAAGCACUAAAGUAAAAGAUGAGUACAUGGUCGCGGAGUAUGCUGUUGAAAUGCCGCACUCUUCCGUUGGAGGCUCCCAUUUGGAAGAUGCUUCUGGAGAGAUACACCCACCCAAGUUGGUUCUCAAGAAGAUCAAUAGUAAGAGAAGCCUGAAACAGCCGCUGGAGCAAAGUCAGACCAUCUCACCCCUGUCCACUUACGAAGACAGCAAGGUCUCAAAGUAUGCCUUUGAGCUUGUGGAUAAGCAGGCGCUCUUGGACUCAGAGGGCAGCGCUGACAUGGAUCAGGUGGACACCCUGCAGGAGGGGCCCAGCAAGCCUGUGCACAGCAGUACUAAUUACGACGAUGCCAUGCAGUUCCUGAAGAAGAAGCGGUAUCUUCAAGCUGCAAGUAACAACAGCAGGGAGUACGCACUGAAUGUGGGCACCAUAGCGUCUCAGCCUUCUGUGACUCAAGCAGCUGUGGCCAGCGUCAUUGACGAGAGCAGCACAGCGUCCAUCCUGGAUUCCCAGGCGCUGAACGUGGAGAUCAAGAGCAAUCAUGACAAAAACGUUAUUCCAGAUGAGGUCCUGCAGACUCUGCUGGACCACUAUUCUCACAAAGCUAAUGGACAGCAUGAGAUUUCCUUCAGUGUUGCAGACACUGAAGUGACUUCUAGCAUAUCAAUCAACUCUUCCGAUGUACCUGAGGUCACCCCGUCAGAGAAUGUUGGAUCCAGUUCCCAAGCAUCCUCAUCAGAUAAAGCUAACAUGUUGCAGGAAUACUCCAAGUUUCUGCAACAGGCUUUGGACAGAACUAGCCAAAACGAUGCCUAUUUGAAUAGCCCGAGCCUUAACUUUGUGACUGAUAACCAGACCCUUCCAAAUCCGCCAGCCUUCUCUUCCAUAGACAAGCAAGUCUAUACAGCCAUGCCCAUCAAUAGCUUUCGUUCAGGAAUGAAUUCUCCACUAAGAACAACUCCAGAUAAGGCCCACUUUGGACUAAUAGUCGGUGACUCACAGCACCCGUUUCCCUUUUCAGGUGACGAGACAAACCACGCCUCCGCCACAUCGACAGCAGACUUUUUGGAUCAAGUGACUUCUCAGAAGAAAGCUGAGGCACAGCCUGUCCACCAGGCUUACCAAAUGAGCUCCUUUGAACAGCCCUUCCGUGCUCCAUAUCAUGGAUCCAGAGCUGGAAUAGCAACUCAAUUUAGCACUGCCAAUGGACAGGUGAACCUUCGGGGACCAGGGACAAGUGCUGAAUUUUCAGAAUUUCCCUUGGUGAAUGUAAAUGAUAACAGAGCUGGGAUGACAUCUUCACCAGAUGCCACAACUGGCCAGACUUUUGGCUAGGGGAAAAAAUGUGUAAAUAAUACUGGCACUUUAGAACAGAUGAAUCGAGAGUGGGCUUACUCUGUGUAAAAUGGAGUGCUGUACAGAUCUAAGAGCAAUGCGUCCAUAGCAAGCUGAUGAGAAUAGCAAGAUAAUCCAGUAACUGCAUUUCGUUUGGUUAGUCCGCAUUCCUUGAACUGCCUUACGUGUCGUCACCGUUAGAGAAGCAGUGCAUUACCUGUUUUAGAUCAGAGCCUUGCUAUUCACCCACACCAAGAGAAAAGGAAAAAAAGACUUUCGCACAAUUGUUUCCUAACUGAUACCAGUGUACAUUCUUAGGAGAGUAGUAAUUGUGUGAAACUUCCUCAUCCUGUUUCUAAGUUUUGAGCAUAGUAUUGCACUUCAGCAGGGAAUCCGAGGCUGUGUCACAGACAGUGAACUUAAAGUUUCAAUGUCAAGAGUAUGGCUUAAAUAAGUAGUUUGUCCUAUGGGGGGAAUAAAAAGAAACCACCUUUAAAAAAUGAUAUGCCAUAUACCCUUGAUCUUCAUUUUGCAUUAUAUUGACAUGUGUCUUUUUUUUUUUUUUGAAGAAAAAAAAGUAAUAAAAAUCUGAUAGUCUAAGACUCCACUAUUUAAAAGCCUAAUUACUUUUAAAGUAUGCAUACUUUCAAAACUUUUACCAAAACUCACAACUGUUGAAGCAUUCACUUCUUUAUGGAAGUAUGCAUAUUGGUGUCAGUUUCUUUGUACAGGUAUACUUAGAUAUUUUUUAUGAUUUUUCAUGUGCAAGUAUCAAGGUUUGAAGUUUUAGUAAAAAAAAAUAUUCUGUAGAUUACAUUCCCAAGAAAAUAAUGCUUACACGAAAUGUAUAUUCCACGUGUUAAAGCUGAAAUGUAUUUUACUUUACACACUUCAGUUGACAUAGAGCACUUAGAAUUAAUCUGGUAUUUUUGAUUUCUCAAAGUAAAAAGAAAUAGAUUUUAUUUUAUUUUUUUUUUUUAGGUUUGAUAUGGUUGUGUCAUAAUCAUCUCGUAAUUGACAAUUUUGCUUUUUGGCAAUAAAAGGAAGUUGGGAUAUCUUUGGACUGUAAAACCUGGUUUAAUUCUUCUCUUUCUGGACUCUUGAUAGAUUGGAUAAUUAAACAGUAUCCCAAGAAACUAAAGAAAUGGGCAUUUUAAUUGCUUACCUAAGUUCCUUUUAAGUGAAUCCUGCUCAUGACAGUUUGACAUUCAGAAGUGCUCACUGAUUCCCAUAACCGCAAUUUCUUCUUCAGCUAGAUGAAGGAUCGGAGACUUUUUUGUUGCAUUUCAAAAUCUAAAUAAACUACAGACUUUAUCCUUAUACCACGAAUGUUCUUUUUAUAUAUGUAUACUUUGUCUUAAAAUAAUACAGCAUGGUACAAUAAAUAUUGCUUUUAUAUAUAUAUCUCUAUAUAUACUUUUAUGAAGAAUGGUGGUUUGAGUUACACAUUGGACAGUUUUGAUUUUUGGAGACUAACAUUAGUUACAUUGACUCUAUUUUAUUUGUUCCACCUUUUGGGUUUUGUACUUUAAAUUUCUGCCAUCUUUAUCACAAAGCACCAGUGGCAAUCUGAACCUAGUGCCCUGUGAGAUGAAGAUUGUGUAAACUCCCAUUUUGACUUUGCUGUUGACCCUGCAGAUCUCCGUGCUUCGUUUCACUGUUGAGUAUGUCAUUCAUUUAAAUUAUUUUUCUUUUAUUUAAUGUUAUCCCAAGACUGUUCUCAUAAAGAAGGGGAACAAAGAGAUAUGCUCCCCCGUAUCCUUCACUUACACUCAUUUAUUUUUUUUUAAUAUGUUGGUGUUUUAUAACAAGGAAUAUAAAUUAUGUUUAAUGUGGUUUCCUCUACACUUUGUUAAGAACUUUGCUUGAAAUCAUAGUUCUCCCAUUUGACGGCUUUGCUGUCAGAUCUUCAAGAACUUUAGACUUCUUUGAAGUGAAUAUCUUAAGUUCUGCCAUCAUUGACCUGAAGACUGCCGUGUGUCUGUGGCGCAUCACAUAACCACAGGAGCGCUUCAUCAGAUGAGGUGUGAUGGGACCGUGCGCACCCUAGACGGGUGCUUGUAUUUUUCUCAUAGUGCUUUUGAUAAGAGCAGACUUUUAUUUCCUAAGCUGAGCCUGAUUUUAAAAAAACAAUGUGGUUCCACUGAGAACUUGAUGUGUUUCUUGUACAGUGUAAGAGUCUGUCUUUUAACAUCACCAGCACAGUUUAAAGAAUGUGACAGUUGCUGAGCGGUUCAAGUAAGCUUAGGAAGAAAAGGCCUUUGAAAACGGAAGUUCUGUAAACAGAAUUUCAGGUGUUGCAUUCCCGUCUUAAACCGCACUUCUUUAAACCCACACAGUGGCAGACUUUUCUACCAGGUUAUAAGCUUUUGAGAUGACCGAUAGCCGGCAUGACUUAUUGACUCACCAGUUAAGUAUAGUCACCACUUACUAUGAAGUUCUGGAUGCCUGCCAGGCUCAGCUUGCAUCUUCAGCACCCGAGAAGCAUCUCAACAGUCUGGGUUUCCCUGCUUUCGUUCAGAAAGUUCUGGCUCCUGCCUGGGCAUUAGAGAAGCGGCCUUGUGUGCCGCUUUGGAUGGAUCCCUGGAGUAUAGGAGAUACCCCGUCAGUUCACACUUCUCAUUUCUCUCAGUGAGCAAACUCUCCUCGAAGAGAAACUCCUGCCACCAGUCAGCUUUUGCCCACCAUGAGCCUGUUCUGCUUUUCCUCACAGGCCCUUCCAGUCUGGGCUUGGGAGACCUCUCACUAGACAAGGCAGGGGCUCUCCAACAUCUGAAAGCAUUGUUGCUUUUUGAACUUAAGUUCUUAUUGCACAUGUAUUUCAUUGCGUUUGGAAUAGCUGAGUGGCUCCUGCUUUUUUAUUUUUUGGAUCUACAGUGCGCAUGUGCUGCCUAGUCAGGUAGAAAUCUGCCAUCUUAGCUCUGACUCAGGGUGCCAGCAGUAGGUCAUUUUAUCUCUUGAGAGGUAGAAGAGGCCUUGCGCUCAGGGCAAGCUUUCAUUCCCACAGAUGGGGGACACUUGCAAAGUGCCAGCAAGGUUAGAUCUUUUUGCCACUUCUUUGAUUUUUAUUAAUUUGAGCUUUUAAAGGGCUGUUUAAAAAAAAAAAAAAAAAAAAGCCGGGAACUUUUAAGUAGGCGCGCUGCACACUGCAAUCCCUAGAACCUUUAAACUAGAGCUCAUCUUUUUUUCAGUGUAUUUACUUGAAGAAGCACUAUUAUAAUCAGUGAGAAUCUAUUUGAGUCUGCAAUUUAAUUUAAACCUUCGUUUUGAAUUGCUUUAUUUCAGGGAAAUAAUUUUCCAGUUGUUCUUGCUAUAUUCUGCAAAUAAAAACCGUGUGUUUCCUUUUUUCCACCUAAACUUUGGUAGGAAACAAACUAAAGCGGACAAACAUUUCUUGUUGUGUUUGUUGCUUUCUUUAAUCCAAUGGAUAAAAAAAAAAAAAAAAGUAAAACCCUGUAAACAUUAUUUUAUUUUUUUAUGCAAUACCAUGCUGUAAAUACGGUUCAUCGAGUAAGGACGUACCUACCUAUGAUUGAACCUUUGAUUCUGCACAGUUAGAGUUUAUAUAUAAACGUGUCUUGACAAUCA